AUGUCUCGUCGUGCGAGCUCGUCGACGCGCAACAGGCGCCCGCGGCUACCCGAUAAGAUAGGGGAGUACCCACUCGGGAGACAGACUAGGCUCCCCCUCAUCAUCUGCGAUGAGUGUGGGCUGCAGAGGGUGCUGGAGCUCGUGGCCCAGACAGAUGACAAUGGCAACAAGGGGCGUGUCUUCUUCAAAUGUCCUAGGAACAUGCAAGGGCGAGAGUACCUGGCCAAAUUGGUGGACAUGGGGAAGAUUGUGAUGAAUCUGAAACAACAUGGAGCUGUAGAGGAAGAAGCUGAUUCAAGGGCACUGGUGCCUGUGCAGAAGAACUCAAUGGAGGUGAAGCUGGAUGCUUUGGUUGGUGCAGUGAAGGCUUUGAGCUUGGUCAUGGGUGCUGGUGUAGUGGUUCGAGCUAUGUAUGUGAUGAAGUAG